UUUUAUAAAAUCACUUGUCAAUGUUAUUUGAUUUGAAAUUUUUCCUAAAUGUUUUGUAAUACAUUUGCAUAACAUACAACUUACUACGAAUUGUAAUAAUGUAACAGAAUAACAACAGCAAAAAAAUUAUAUAAUGUUCUUUAGAAAUGUUUGGUGUGCAGCCGAGUUAACGAAUAGUUGCAGACCAGUUCUCCUCCAACAAUGCCGUGGUGGCGUUAGCAACGUGCGUUUGCAGGUUCGCAACUCGCUUCACAACAGCCGGCGCGGAGGUCGGCGGGCGGGCCUCGAGCCCGAUCCCCUAGCACAGAUACAGAUAGAAUCUGGGCCAUUACAUCCUAGAGCACUGUGGAAACCGUUCUUUUUUACAGUCGGGGUAUCCACAGUAAGCCUUACUGCCUGCGUGAUAUGGGAAUAUGAAAACCUUCGCUCACAUGCUUCAUCAUUUCUUAAACGACCAGGCACUUGGUUAAGUGCCCAACAAAGGAAAUUCAAAACACAGCUUCAAAAAGCUGAACCAGGUCCAAUCUCCAAAUGGUGGAAUUCCCUGAGAGAUAGUGAGAAGGUGUUUUAUCCAAUACUAGCGGCCAAUGUUUUAGUGUUUGGUUGCUGGCGUGUACGGUCUCUACAGCCUUUCAUGGUGAAGUACUUCUGUUCAAAUCCAUCUGGAAGUUCAAGAUGUUUACCAAUGCUGCUUUCGACAUUCAGCCAUUACUCAGCACUACACUUAGCUGCAAAUAUGUACGUCCUCUACAGCUUUAUGCCAGCUGCUGUUGCAUCACUAGGAAAAGAACAGUUUGUAGCUAUGUACCUUAGUGCUGGAGUGGUUAGCAGUUUUGCCAGCUUUCUCUACAAGGUGCUACUGAAUCAACCUGGCCUAAGUCUUGGUGCGUCGGGAGCAAUAAUGUCAGUCUUAUCAUAUGUCUGUGUGCAGUAUCCUGACACCCGGCUAAGCAUAAUAUUUUUACCUAUGUACACAUUUGCUGCUGGAACGGCUAUAAAGGUAAUAAUGAGUGUCGACUUAGCUGGCGUGGUUUUUGGCUGGAAAUUCUUUGACCAUGCGGCUCACCUCGGCGGCGCCUUGUUCGGAAUGGCCUGGUGUCACUGGGGUAGCUCGAACAUAUGGGGCAACAGAGAUAAAUUCCUGCAGUAUUACCAUACUCUUAGGAAAAACGACUCAGGAAGGUAGCAACUUACUUGAUGUAGUGAAAAUAUUGCAUAGUAAAACAAUUUUUGUUAAGAAAAUAUUAUAACUAUAACCUGACAAAAUAAAAUAUGUUUUCAAAAAUAUUA